CCGCCGCUGCGGCCUUUUCCGGCUGCCGAGCGCCUGCGCACCGCGGCAGCAUGGCCACGCCGGCCAAGCGGCGGGCCCAGCCGCAGCAACCCGCCGGGGACAGUGGCUCCGAGUCGGAGUCUGAGUCGGAACCGGAGUCGGACUCAGAAGAGGAGGGGAUCGAAGAGGAAGUGAACAUUGAAUUUGAAGCACAUUCCAUAUCAGACAAUGACUAUAAUGGGAUAAAGAAAUUGCUGCAUCAGUUGUUCCUAAAAGCUCCUCUUAACACUGCUGAAUUAACUGAUAUAUUAAUACAACAGAAUCAUAUUGGAAGUAUUAUCAAGCAAGCAGAAGUCCCAGAGGAGAGUGACAAUGAUGAAGAUGAUGAUGAUGAUGAAGUCUUUGGUUUUAUAAGCUGCUUAAAUUUAACAGAAAGGAAGGGUACACAGUGUACUGAGCAAAUCAAAGAGCUGAUUCUGAGUCAAUGUGAGAAGAGCUGUGAGCAGCAUGUAGUUGAACAACUGGAUAAGAUCCUAAAUGACAGCACUAAGCCUGUGGGUCUUAUAUUGAAUGAAAGAUUCAUCAAUGUACCACCGCAGAUUGCCCUGCCCAUGCACCAACAGCUGCAGAAAGAGCUGGUUGAGGCACAGAGAACAAACAAACCUUGUGGAAAGUGCCACUACUAUCUUCUUAUCAGCAAGACCUUUACAGAAGCCACAAAGAGCAAUUCUAAGAAGAGGGAAGGGAGAAAUCAACAAAAGGAGGAGUUAAUGUUUGCAAAUGCAGAGGAAGAAUUCUUUUAUGAGGAUGCAGGGGUUGGAAUGGACCCAAAGAGAUCAUCGAGUCCAACCCCCUGCUCUCAUAGCAGACCAUACAAUCCAGCUCAGAUCACAGAGGAACACAUCCAGAUGGGCCUUGAAAGUCUCCAGAGAAGGAGACCCCACAGCCUCUCUGAGGAGCCUGUUCCAGUGGUCUGUCAUCCUUACAGUAAGAAGUUCCCCCUUGUGUUGAGGGGCAACAUCUUGUCACAAUUGGCCCAAGAAGCUAUGAUUUAGAUUACCUGUGACAGCUUUACUACCCAAUCAGGUCUCCUAUGCUAUGAGGUUAAUGGAAAAAUUCAAAGAACACCUGAAAUAAGCAGAGGAUUUAGGGGAAGAAUCAGAUACUACUUUGUCUUGAGGCCAGUGUCUUGGCUUCAGAGGCUUAACAACAUUAAUCUUUUGACUCAUACACCAAACCUGAAUUCAGUAAUUAUCAGGUAUAUUGAGAUACUGUGAAUGGCCAAACAAAUGGUGAUACAUCUGGAUGUAGAAUUUAGCAGUGUGUCCCAUGCUGUCUGAAUUUACAAACACUUGGAAUUUCUUUUGCUUAAGGAGCAGUGCAGUUGUCUUCUUUAAUUUGGACAAUAAGGAAUGGAAAAGACAUGUCAAAUUGCUGUGUCAGCUGAGCAGAGGGCUGGCAGUGGGUGCAUAAACUGGAAAAAGUGCAGCUUCAGUAUCUCAGUGAGAGUCAAGCAAAGUGGCAGAUCCACACCAGGUUGUAGCUUGUGAGGGUACUGUAACUUAAUUGUGUGUCACAACUUUAAGCACUUAGAAGAAUAAAGAUUUCAAAAAAAAGCCAGAGGAAAUCUGUUAGAGUCUCAUUUGGCAUCUGCAGAACAUGUUAAGACUUAAAUGUACAGAUCUCUUUGCAUUACCCUUACCUAGUUUAUUCUGUGCCAAAUAAAGCACCUGUGAAGGCUUUAUUUAUAUUUGGUAAUGCAGUUAAAUGUGUUUCCCUGAGAUCUCUCUUCCCAAGACACUUUGC